AUGCCGUGGAGAGACCAGCUGAAGCGCCUUAAGGGCGAGUUUGAGAGCCGGAAGUCGAAGCCACAUGUGGGAAGAUCACAGCAGCAACAGCAGCAACAGCAACAGCAGCAGCAGCAGCCACUGGCAGCCGGCGGACCUGGAGUAGCUUCGGGCGGCGGUGAUGGGCACCUGUUUGGCCAGCCGGUCUUCCAACCAGACGGGCCCGUGAGCGUCGACUGGGAUGCCAAGGUUGGCCAUGGCGAGAAUGGCUGGGGGAACCAGGAGCUGCAAUUCUACACAGACAGCCCAGAGAACUCGUUCUACACCCAAGACGGCAAGCUGGUCAUCCGCGCGAUCGCCGACAACAGCACGGCCGACCCGGACCGCCGCUACACGUCGGCGCGUCUGGUCAGCCGCCAGCCUCUCGGCCGCGACCGUGGCGUGCUGACCGGUCUGGUGCAGUCGCCCUGUGCCGCCGGUAUCUGGCCGGCCUUUUGGCUGUUGCCACAGGAGCCGUUUGCUUGGCCGACCGACGGCGAGAUCGAUAUUGCUGAGACCUGGAACGGCGACGGUGAGAACCGCUCGUGUCUGCACUGGGGCCAUCACCACGAGCAGCAGAAGCACCGCGUCCUGGGUACGCCCAUUGCCGACAUGCACGCUCGCUCCGUCCGCUAUGACUUUGUCUGGGACCAGCCCAGUGGCAUCGCCGGCCACGGCCGUCUUCUCUGGUACCUCGACGGCCGCCCCGUCCUCAAAGCCGCCGUGCCGUCCGGCACCCGUCCCCUGCGUGAAUUUACCAUCCUGCUGAACAUCGCCAUGGGCGGCAACGUCUGCGCCGGCCACACCCCCGCCGACGGCCGCUACGACCUCGUCGUCGACUCGCUCUUCCUCGCCAGUGAGCAGGAGGACGGCGGCUGGGCCAAAUUUGAUGCCGACUGGAACGACAAGAACGUUUCGCUCGGGUACACGUACUGA